AGGAGACGCCAGGAGUGGUCAUGUGACCCAGCCCUGGUACGCGCAGGGAUGGAGCCGGAAGAAGAGGUUCCCUUGUGGCGGCUGCAGAAGCUUCCUGCCGAGCUGGGCCUGCAGCUUCUUCACAAAAUAAUUGAUGGCAUUUGUGGCCGAACUUAUCCUCUCUACCAGGAUUAUCACAGUGUUUGGGAUUCAACAGAAUGGAUGCAUGUUCUAGAAGACAUUACCAACUUUUUCAAAGCUGUAGUUGGUAAAAAUUUAUCUGAUGAAGAGAUAUCUCAGCAGUUGGAUCAGCUGAAUUCAUCUCAUCAAGAAGCUAUCAUGAAAUGCUUAAAAAGUAGGAAAGAUGAAAUCAAGCAGGCUCUGUUGGAAGAAAUAGUUGAUAUUUCCUCUUCACAGCUACAGGAUUUUGAUUGGCAGUUAAAGCUUGCACUUUCUAGUGACAAGAUUGCUACACUACAAAUGCCACUUUUAAACCUUCAUCUAGAUGUGAAAGAAAAUGGUGAAGUCAAGCCGUAUUCCGUUGAAAUGAGUAAAGAAGAGCUGCAGAAUCUAAUAAGUUCCUUGGAAGCAGCUAAUAAGGUGGUCCUGCAGUUGAAAUAACUGGAAAUGAUGAAUACCAAUAUUAUCGGAUCCCACUGCUACAACUGAUACAGCAGAGUGAAUACCAUGUGUUAGAAAACCUGCGAUAUACUCUUAUGGCCUGCUGAGAAAGCAGCAGUGUUGAGAUUACAUAGACAACAAUUUAUCAACUUAACUAAAGAACAGGAAAUUAUAUGGUUGACAAGAAAUGCAUAAAAACAUGAAAGAUGAAAAGGCUAUAAUAGCAGUUUAUAUUUUCAUAAUGACUGUUUUGCUUCAUUUAUUAAAUAUUUGAGAAACCUUUAUAGAUACACAAUUUUAUUGAAAGCUAAAAGGCUGUAAAGUAAUGUAAACUUACAAGCACAAAUAUACUUGAAUAUUGCUUAAAGAACUAUGUGAAUAGCAAGGAUGUUUAUUAUGGAUAUAUAUGGUUAAUUUGUGAUAUUUUAAAAAAAUAACUUUUAAAGAAUGUAUAAGCUACAUCUGUAACUCAGGAGAUUCCAUGUUUUUCUCGUAUUUCAAAGGAAAGUUUAUAAAAUGUAAAAUUUCUUAGAGAAGUGCUCCAGACAUGAAAAAACACUAAAUCUGUGUGAACGAUUUUGAGUUUUGAAUUCUAGAAACUAAAAUCUCAUAUUAGAACAUAGAUAAAAAUGAAAAUAACACUGUAACUUCUAUAUUUCUGUGUCUGAUCAGGAGAGUAUGCUCUGAUAAGAAUACAUGUCAUGUAUAGAGUAUACAUUACUAUCAAAAUGUCAGCUAAGACUGUAUGUAGACCACAUUUGUUGUAAACUCUUAAUUUGUUACAAACGCUUAAUGGAGUUUUGGAUGUUAACAACUUCAUUGGAAAACAGACCAUUUUUAAUUUCAGUUACCUUUAAAAACAGGCAUUUUGAGCAAAUAAAAAAUAUUUUAUUUU